GCCAAGUAGAGAUGUUCUCUGCACCUUGCAAUCCAGGCCCUUUUCAUCCGUGACCACCAGCUGCUCUACCGCCUCCUACAACACAGUGGUCCCCCCUCCUCUAUGGCCAGGAUACCAUGGAUAUUCUCUAUGCUGUUUCUGCUUGUGCUCCACUCUCCAGGGGCCUCGUUGGCCCCAAACCAGCACCUGUGUGGCUCUCACCUGGUCGACGCCCUCUACUUCAUUUGUGGGGAGCGAGGAUUUUACUACAGUCCAAACCGAGCCCACAAGCGGGACCUGGAAAAUCUGCUUGGGUUCCUGGCGAAAAGGGCCAAAGUGGAGGAGCGGCUGUGGAGGGUUCUGUCUGCCCGUGACGAGCCCAAGGUGAAGAGAGGCAUCGUGGAGCAGUGCUGUCACAAGCCGUGCAGCAUUCACCACCUGGAGGACUACUGCAACUGACCACUCCGCAACUAGCACUACUCAUAGCUUGUAAAGAGGUCCGGAAGUCAAUUUCUGUCCCCGACUCUCGCUGGCUAUGUCUUAUCAAGUGAAGGAAAUAAAGCGUCAUGACCCAUAACCCGAG